AUGGUCCAACGGCGGCAGCCUAUCAUAGCCCGAGAAUACGGUAAAGUCAAGAAAAACCGAAAGUUUGCUGAGGUGGCCGGCGGGACGGCUGCGGAGUGCGCAGUGGUGUGGUGUUGCUGCCCAUGCGCGGUGGUGAAUUUGGCGGUGCUGGUUGUGUGCAAGGUGCCGGCGGGGUUGUGCAAGAAGGCGUUGUGUAAGCAGAGGAAAAGACACCUUAUUGCUAGGAGAAAGCAGGUCGGCGGGCUUUUGCUUGGGCCAACUGCCGGUUCAUCAUUGGAUGAAAUCCAAAUGAAAGAGUUUUUAGGGGCGGCGAUCACGGAGGAGAACGAGAAUGUUCUUGAUUUGGAUAAGGAGAUGUGGGAGCAGUUUCAUGGAGCUGGAUUCUGGAGGAGUCUCUCUCAAAAAGAGGUUUACCUUAAAAAAUAA